CUUUAAGGAUCCAGUCUCGAAUUUCCGUGCCCACAGGAAGAGAACUCUGGGGUCCAGGGAACUGCGAGUCGUGCCCUUUCUGGCGUGCCCAGGAUGCUGGCUUUGAGCGGCUGGGGAGUUGCAACUUUAAUGAUAUCCAUGUUCAGGCUUUGAAGAACGCUUAUGAGUUGAUCAAAUCAGCCAGUCAAGGGAAAUCUGCAUUUGACCCCUCAGAUAACUUCAGCACUGACUUAUAUGUUUUAUGUGCUGAACAAGCAUUCCAGCUGGGAUAUCUGGAAAUGAGCAGUGACUGUCUACGGAUGUACUUUAAAGGAAGAUUUCCUGUGAACCAGUUUCUUGGCAGAGCGUAUUUGUGCCAAGGCCAGUUGCACGCUCCACUCUCCACAGAUAAUUUGGAAGAGUUUGAAAAGUUUGUGCUAUUUUUUAUGAAGGCAAUAGAUUUUGCCACCCAUGAUCAAAGAUACUAUUUUUUAGCAUACAAUGCCUCAGUUCUUUACUGGCAACUUGUGAGGCCAUAUCUUAAGCCUGGAUUCCGUUAUUGUCUUAUUCCCAGCCUUUCUCAUAUUGUUAAAGCAUUAAACCAAACCGAAGACCAAGACCAUGAAUGGAGAGCGGAACUCAUGAUAAAUUUACUUGAGUGCUUCCUUGAUGCUUCAAAACUGAAAGAAGCAAAAGAGUUUUCAUCUACUGCAGCAAUCUUUAUUAAGGAAAAUGUUCCAGAUAAAUACUCUCAGAUAUUUUCUCUAAUGAUAUAUCACAAACUAGUGGAUAUUCCCCAGGUAGAGAAGGAAAUAGAAAAUUCCAUCCAUUUUUCGGUUAUUUACAGAAUGCAGCUGCUAAAAUUGCAGUGGGACACAGAUGAAUUUCCAAGUGAUGCCAGCACAAAUCUGAAUUCUUUAUAUGUGCUUUUGAAGCAAUAUGAUGUACCUCCUGCAGCUGUUCUCCACAUGAAGAUUCCUUUGAUUCUGGAAUUAGCUCGUUUUUCUGUGAAGGUAAACUGCAUUGAGCUUGCCUAUGACUGUAUUCUUGAUUUGAAGAGAGCUGGAAUUACUGAUCAAGGGAAACUUAUUGAAAUAGAAUGCCUGGAAUGUGAAUACGAAACUAAAAAAAUCAGCACUAAAAUUGUGACUUAUACCAAAGGAGUCGUUGAGACUCAACUGGAAUUGAUAAGAAACCUUGAGUUAACCUUAAAACGUGCAGUUCAGUUGGGAGAUCCUGGUGUGAUUCAGGUGGUCUGUACAACCCUGUGGAAUCUGUGUUUACCACUACUACACCGCGAUUUGCAUCAACACGUGCGAAAGGCAUUGAUAGCAGCUGCUGAUGUCCUUGAGGAGAUUGACAGCAUGUUGAUUUUGUUGCGUUGCCAAGUUCAUAUGGAAAUAGCUCGUAUUGAAGAAGAUGGGGAUAGAAUAGAGGCUGCUAUGAAACAUUUGCAAAAAGCUCUACAUCUAAACAACGGUGGGCAGUAUGAAGAACAUCUGAGACUGACUUUUAACCGUCUUCGUUUGUACGCUAUGCUGUAUGAGUCACCUGAGCAUCGAGAGGAUCGGGCAGUAAUGAUGAUUGAACAGGCUAAAAGGGGAAAGAAGGAAGAUAAUGUGAGGAAAAAGAGGCCCCUUCUGGUAAAUGCAGGUGUUGCACUAGCUCCUGACUCAUUUCAAAUAGUCCUUGAUGGUGAAAAAAAGGCUGAAGUUUCCUCAGCUAAAAGUAGAAGCCAAAUAAGCUACCUCUGUGCAAAAGCACAACAUCAUCUUAAAAGCAUGGAAAGAGUUGGUGAACAUUUGAAUCUCUUAGGAAAUGAAAAUGACAGAGAGAGAAUUAUACAUUGGGCAGAUUUGGCAAAAGUUGCACGUAAACAAGAAGUAUGGGAUGUCUGCCGCGCAGCGUGUAGAUUUUGUCUCUUGUAUGGUGAUACGUUGUUUAGGAAGGUGACAGAACCUAAAAAAACGCAGAAGAAUAAAACUAGUACAACUAGGAUGGAUGAUGAUCAAGAUGAGAGCUUAGCAGGAGAGUCAUUACUGAUGGCAAAUUCCUUCUCUUUUGAAAGAGAUUUACUGAGAAUAUUAGCAGAAAUAAGGUUCAUUAAUGCAGAGGCAACUAUUCAUUUACUGAGAUUGCAGGGAGUUGAACUGAAUGAUCCUGCUGUGCUUUCAGAAGAUAGAAGCCAGUAUCAUCCAGGAUGUGUUUCAUAUCUUCCUGAAAGUGAUCCAGAAUGGAAAACAUACAGUUCAUGGAUAGACUACUUAUCUCGGUACGCUAUGGAAAACUUCCAACGUGCAGCCGAAAUAGGAGAGGAAUUGAAUGAAGCCUGGAUUGUUCACAAUGCUGUGGUGUAUAUCUUAAACUACAACAGGCAUCUUAUCUCUUCUGGAAGACAGAGGGAAAUUAUUGAGUAUCUGCAGACUCUUCUUGGAGCCAUGAAGACUGUUGGGCACCAUGGAAGUACUGUGCUUUUACUGAUGCUAUGUAAUGCUUUGGCUCGGGGCUUACUUCUUUGUUGGAUUCCAAAGCCAAAACUUGCUGAAAAGAAAACAAACGAUGCAGCAACAGACAGAAACAGAAAAGCUGAGUCUUUUUCAGUAGAUCCCUGUGGACUUCCUGAUAUUAAAGCUGCCUUAGAGAUUUGUGAAUUUGCCCUAAAUGUGACAACUGGAACCAUAGCAAACGAAACAAUACCUAUCGCUGCUCAACAACAGAUCAUUGCUACCUGGGUGAAAGCAAAACAGCUGAAUCGGCAGCAGAUUGAAUGUAAACUUGGGACUGAGGAGGAGAAUAAAGCUGAAGUACUAAACCCUACAGCAAGAGUUCUUGUUGGUCUAGAGAUGUAUUCCUGUAAUGGCUUGGGUCUCAUGGAUUUCACUGUUCCUAACUUACAUCAGUUAGUGAAAAUGGCUUUAGAAUGCAGCUGGUCAGAUUCCUUGGUGGAACUGCAGACACUGACACGACUUACGUAUUUUGCAUAUGCAUCACGUGACUAUGAAAUAGCCAUGACUUGUUCCAAACGGAUCUUGCAAUCAGAUGAGGAUUUUUCACACAACAGAGAUGCAAAGAAACAUGAAAUGCCUGGUAACAGAGUGAGACAAGAAAUGUUAAGCACUGCAGCUUGUAUACAAGGAAAGAGUAUAAUGGAAAAUUUGUCUGGAAGAAAACAUAUGCGUGUAGCAGCAUCAAAAGCCUUUGUUCAGAGUGCCAGGUACGCAGGUGAAGCCGGAAAUUAUUCCCUUGUAAUGUUUGCAGCUAGACACUUUUGGAAUACGUGCUUGCCUUUGCUACAUUCUCCACAUGACAGAGAGCAGUUUAAAGAACCUACUGAAAUUAUUCUUAAGAAUAUAAUUAAAGCAGAAUCUAAAAAUAAACAG